AUGUAUUUUCACCGUAUUAUCAUGAUAUCCGCCCUCGGCUUCGUUUCGGUUGUGUUGGCAGCAGCCGUUCCCGGUCCUACGCCACUUCCUAUGAACCUCAACUCCUUAAGCGCCACAACUGAAGCCCCUGCUGAAGACUUCAUUUUGGCUCGACCUCUUUCCUCCCGCACUUCUCAGCUAGCCUCGGUCCUUUUUCACGGUAAAGACCCAUCUACUCCGAGCAUUCAAGCCAACACCGAAACCGCCGUCUUCCGCCUGUUGCAAAAGACAUUGGAGCACCAUCCCGAAUUCGGGCAUUCGCUGGCUCGCGAAGAGGUGGAAUUCAAGGGGCAUGUAGUGAAAGGGAAGAGUGGGGAGUACAGGUUCAAUGUGACGUUGAAAGACAGUUCGGGAAAGGAGAUCGCGUGUCGGGGACACGUCAUUUACCGCAUGGAGUCGACGACCAUUAUGCAAAUUCAACAGGGUUCAGCGGUAUACAGAGUUUCGGAUUUCGAGUAUCUCAGUAAAAUCGAGCGCCCCUACGUUGAGGAUCUCGAUCUUCUCGAGGGGGUCUGGCAACGAGAUGUGACCAUAGUCACUGUAGGUACGAGCGUUUACGACUCUUUGCUGGAAAGGCUAGCCAAUCAGAGACAACGUCGGACGUACUAUCCAGGCAAGGCACAUUAUGCAUCAUGCAUCAUGAGCUGUAUAGUAAGCAAAGAAGGGAUUGCAAUGAAGGCUGCAAAGAACGCGCCACGCAAUUACAAUGAAAGCAACACGGUUUAA